GGUGUAGUGGAGGAUAUGCUUGUGCGCAUGAGUGAGGAGGUGUUCGCGCUUUUGAAGUGUGCAGGGAGUGGAAAGGGAUUUUCUCGCGCGGGGGGAAAAAAACCGCGUUCAAGUUUUCCGGGGGCUUAUCGGUGCGGCAGUGCACAUGGAGAGAUGGCGGUUACGCUAGUGUGUCGUGGUCACGUGUAUGGGAGGACCAUGAUGGUUUAUGAGCUAUCAGAGUAUCAGGAUGUAGCAUUGAAUCGGGAGUUUACUUUUGUUACUGUCGUGACUCGUAAGGGGUAUCGUCGUUAUGAGGUGGAUGCUCAGGGGGAGUAUGUCCUACGGUUUAACGCGGGGCUGGGAUAUGCGGGAGACGACCUUCGUGACGCAAUAGUGUAUGUGACGAAGAUGCAUGAGGAUGUACCUAAUGCUCAUGUGGGUGCAGGUGACGAUAUUGUGGAAAAAAUCGUCCGUAUGCUAUUAUCGGUGGUGGCUAUGGAGCAUGACGGUCGUAUGGCUGGUUUAGUGGAGUGGGAGGCCAUUCUGGAUCCUCCAUUGGUGGGCCGUCCUUACAUGCAAGGAGAGUUACCCAUUGUACUCGUCUUUGAGGUGGUGGCUCUAAAUCCACAGGCGAUCGCAGUGUCAGGGCAGGAUGAUGCACUGCAACUGUCGAUCACUGUCUCACCAACUGUAGGCCUCAGUCCGGAGGAGAGGCUUGAGGUGACAGUUUGCAAAGAGAAUGAUGGGGACCUUCAAGCUGAAGAUGGCUAUGGCAGUAGCCGUACUCUUCGCAGUGAAGGCACGAGAGCAGAAGAGGAAAGCAGAGGAGGAGGAGAUCGUCCCCACAGUAGGUUCCGCCGCUGCGGCAUCGUAGAGACUGAGGAACCGGGUGGUGGUGGGACCAGAUAAGUAGCAGUAGACGAUGGGGAAGGGGAGGCUCAACCAUUGUGUGUGAGUGUAUGCUGUGGGAAUGACAAUAGGGGUAGGUUUCGAUGUGUUGAGGGUACGUGUGGAAUACACUCGAGUGUGUGAGUUGGCGGUGAUGGUGGGGGUGUAAUGGGUAAUAGUGCAUGCGGUGAGUGUGGUGGGGUGCACGUGGAGGGUUGUAGGAUUGUUGCAGGGAGGUGGGGGAAGGCGACAGAAGGAGUUGGUGGUGGUGGGUUGUAGGAGGUGGCGGGUGUGGGCUGUGAGGGCGGUUGAAUGAAGCUGCAGGGCUAGG